UUAAAUACCUAAUAACUGUUGGUGAAUGGCUACCUAGGUACCUACCUACCUACCUAAGGUAUAUAUAGAGAGGCCGAUCCGCACAGUUGUAACUUUCCACGAGCACAUGGCGAUUGUUAGUAUAAUGCAUCAUGCAGAAUUAUCUAUCCCAUCACCCCAAGUCUCGUGGUGUAAAAAAUUACCCCACACAAAUGCUUCUUCCCUUCUUAGAUCCCGACGAAUACAACGACUAACUAAAUCCUCAACUAUUUAAGCAUUUAAGCACGCCUUUCAUCAACUCCUAGAGUUAACAAAUACGUUACUCUUCACCCCUUGCAAUUUCUCCCAUAGUAUAUUUUCCACGGUGCAUCUCCUUUCGGAACUCACCUAUGAAACUCGAAUCGAGAGCAUGGAAUCACAGACUACCGCCGACCAAGCCCAGCCCCAGCUUGAGGUUCUCCUUCAGGGCAUCGGCGAACUCGUGGAAGCAGCGCUCUCGUCAAAUAGCGCUAUAGUACAGGACCAUGCCAUUAAAUCCGAUAGUGCCCUACUUCGGUCCCGUCAAUCCGAAUUGCUCAAGGAAUUUAAGGAUAUGAUGCUCGCAGUCCAGAAUAGGGCAUCUAAGGCGAUCUACGAGGUGGAGACGAAAUUGGGAUCAUUAGAAGACUUGCCUGGUGUUAAUCCGGGAAGCGAGCUGAACCGCCUAUUGGGAUGCACGCUCUUGGGCCGUAGACCAAGCUAUAAACUUCGCGAUUCUGUCCACGGCAUACCCCGUCCACAGCUGAUCGCUUACGAUGAAGCUAGCCCGAUGCUGCCCCAGAACUUUGGGGAUCCUAUCGUGGCCUUGCAACCUACGUUGCGAAACGUCUGGGUACUCCAGCAUGCUUAUGCAAAGCUACUAAAUCAUAAAGAGGUCCUUAUCCAGCGAUAUCUUGCUACCGCAGACGAAAGCGCAGUAGUGAGCCGUAAAAUAUCUCGCGAGUACUAUGAAGACCUCAGCUUAGGGCAAUUGCCGUCAAAAAACAAGCUGGGCAAUUUGCUUGAUGUCAAGUAUUCGUCGUAUAAUCAUGCGACACACGAUCUACAGAUCGCCCUCGUCUUCAAGGAACUUGAUGGUAGCCUUAAGUAUGUGGAGGCCGUGAAGGGAGAUCCAGUAAACAUAGGAAAUAACAAAGAGAAUGGUCAAUAUCUGGUCCUACCCGUGGCUGAAGCUAGCAUCAAAAACCUCUACGACGCAUAUAGGUCUCUCAGAAAGGCGACUUCGGAACAGCGUCGAGCUACUAAGGAUAAGGAGUUCGCGUCUAAGCUACCGGUGGACGAGAUGGACGAGCUCCAAAAGCAGUUCAGUUCUACCGGGAACGGGCUUCUUGAUGAGACGAACGUCAGUAGCACUAGGAAGCGUCGCCGAAUGGUGGACGAUGACGGCGAAUGAAUAGUCAGGUAAUCUAAGAGGUGGAUUAUUAUUAGUGAACAAUUAGGUACUGUAUACGUAUGUAGCACCUGAUGCAACGGCAUGGUGCCCAUUGCGUCAAUGGCUAGCUGGUGGACCGGUUUGCUCGAUUGGGGCAAUCCAAUUUCCUCGAUAGGAAGGACGAUGGAGAAGAGAGCGGGAACGUCACGAUAAACAUUUUAGUGUCGUACAUAGUAGAUAGUAUGGAAGGAUUCAAAGACGGAAAUUAUCAUAUUUAUUCCCUGGGAACGUAAGAUGCGUGAUGGAGCUGAAGGUAGACGAGGCAAGACAAUGCGAGUCGAAUAAUACAAUACAUACCCUAUCACGAUAAUAUAAGAAUACGCGAUGUUAAAAGGAUGGAUGCAAUAAUACGGUAGGUGAAUGCGGG